AUGGCACCAAAUUACCCAAAACAGAUCUUGACAACCUUGAAAGGUCAUAAAGGACCUGUUAACGAUGUAUGUUAUAAUAAAUCAGGUCAAUAUUGCCUAUCGGCAGGUCGCGAUCGAUCGAUUCGCUUAUGGAAUCCUGAAACAGGACUUUUGAUUCAUACUUACAAUGGUCACGGACGAGAUGUGCUUGGCUUAGCAGUAUCGAACGAUAACGGGAAAAUUGUAAGUGGAGGUGUUGACCGUACAGUUUUGCUUUGGGACGUGAGUUCAGGCGAAAUUCUACGGCGUUUUACAGCGCAUUGGGAAAGGGUGAAUUCGGUCGCUUUCAACGACGAAUCGACCGUUGUAGUGAGCGGAUCAUUUGAUGCUACUAUUCGUCUGUGGGACCUGAGAUCAAUGAAUUUCCAACCUAUUCAAGUGAUCGAAGACUGUAAAGAUAGUGUUAUGUCUGUAGAGGUCAAAGGACCAGAAAUUGUCGCAGGAUGUGCAGAUGGAAAGCUACGCACUUACGAUAUUAGGAUGGGAGAAUUAAAAGAAGAUUAUAUAGGACCUGCCAUUACAUCCGCCAGACUAUCAAAGGAUAACAAUUGCAUAUUGGUUAGCUCGUUAGAUGACACAAUGAGGUUGAUGGAUAAAAGUAAUGGAAAACUUUUAAACGAGUUCAAAGGUGGCCAUAAGCAUAAGGAAUACAAGCUAGCAUCUAUACUAUCCAAUUCAGACGCUGUAGCAAUUACAGGAUCGGAAGAUGGAAAGAUUUUUGUCUACGAUGUACUAGAGGGAGAUGUUUUGUCAACAUUAGAGGGCCACAAAGGUGUAUCUUCAGCUUUAGCGUAUCAUCCUGAGAAUGAUGCUAUGUUAUCAGGAGGUUCGGAUGGUCUGAUACAUAUCUGGGGCUAA